AUGAAGGGGUCACCAAGGGACCACCACGGGACCACGAAGGGGUCACCAAGGGACCACCAAGGGACCACCAAGGGGUCACCAAGGGGUCACCAAGGGACCACCAAGGGACCACCAAGGGGUCACCAAGAGACCACCACGGGACCACGAAGGGGUCUCCAAGGUGUCACCAAGGGACCACCAAGGGGUCACCAAGAGACCACCACGGGACCACGAAGGGGUCUCCAAGGUGUCACCAAGGGACCACCAAGGGGCCACCAAGGGGUCACCAAGGGACCACCACGGGACCACGAAGGGGUCUCCAAGGUGUCACCAAGGGGUCACCAAGGGACCACCAAGGGUACUGCCACCUCCCCCAGUACUGCCACCCCCCCCAGUACUGCCACCUCCCCCCAGUACUGCCCCCUGCCCCCUCCCCCAGUACUGCCACCUCCCCCCUGCCACCUCCCCCCAGUACUGCCCCCUCCCCCCUCCCCCAGUACUGCCACCUCCCCCAGUACUGCCCCCUCCCCCACUGCCCCUCCCAGUACUGCCCCCUCCCCCAGUACUGCCACCUCCCCCCUGCCCCCCCCAGUACUGCCACCUCCCCCCUGCCCCUCCCCCAGUACUGACACCUCCCCCAGUACUGACACCUCCCCCACCUCCCCCAGUACUGCCAUCUCCCCCUAG